AUGCUUGAGGGCGCGGGCGCGGUGGCGGCUCCCCCCGAGCCCGACUGGCCGCGCGCGGUGGCGCCCGCGGAGGCAGGGGCGGCCCCCGCGGCCGCCGCCGCAGGCACCGAGGCGGUCGGGGCAGGCGCGCCAGAGCGGCCGUGGCCAUAUCAGGUAGACAGCCUCUCGGAGCGCACCAUGGUGCUGGUGGAGCUGGACAGAUUCGGCGAGCAGCCCCACAUCUACGUCGUGCGGGGCAACGGCAAGGCGGUCGUCAUCGACACCGGGUGCGGCACCGCGAACCUGCUUGACUUCUUGGGCACGCUGCCAGAACUGGAGGGACUUCGGCUGCAAGUCGUCAACACGCAUGUGCAUUACGAUCACAUUAUGGGCAACGCAAGCUUCUGCUACGAUCGGGGUCGGAAGCUGCGCGCGCGGUGCAUGGGGAUUUGCCAGGGCGCCCGUGACCGGCGCUUCAGCGAGGACUGGCGCGAGACGUCGCUGCAGAGAUCGGUAGGCGCAGCUAUCCAGGACUUCUGUGUGACUGGGUGGCUUGAGGAGGGCCAACGCAUAUACUUGGACGAGGCGCAGCCUUCCGACGAGGAGUGCCUCGAGGUCCUGUACACUCCAGGGCACACUCCUGACUCGAUUUCUUUGUACUUCCCAGCCGAGAACCGACUGUUUACAGGCGAUUUGGUUUACCCCGGAAGCCUCUACUUGUUUUUGCCAGGGAGCAGCCUGGAUGACUUCGAGCGAAGCCUAGGGAUGGUACUGCGCCUCGCCGCAGAUCGCCCUAGCGGGCUGGCGUUGAGCUGCGGCCACAUCACCCCCGCGUUGCCCGUGGAGCGGCUCCAGGAGCUGGCAGAACUGCUGCCCGAGGUGCGCAGCAGGGCGGCGAAGCCGCGCGUCGCCCAGAUCCCAUUCCGAGAGCGGGUUGCCCAGUUCCGAACCAGGACGUUCACGUUGCUGUGCCGCCUCGGGGACGUGGCGGCCGAGCGGGGCGCCUCCCCGCGCGCGGGCUACGCGGAUCGGCGGAGGUCCGCGGCGCCCGUGGACGCCGCGCCCGCGGAGGAGGCGGCCGAGCGGGGCGCCUCCCCGCGCGCGAGCUACGCGGAGCGGCGGAGGUCUGCGGCGCCCGUGGAGGUCGCGCCGGCGGGCCCCGCCGCCGCCGCUGCCGCGGACGUCGUCCUGAAGUCGCGCGUGGACCACCUGGAGAAGGAGCAGGGCGUGCUCGCCUGGCGCCUGGGCGAGGUCGAGCAGAGAGUCUCCAAGGGCCUGGACUCCCUCAAAGCGGAGCAGUCCGCCGCCGCGCUGCAGCUGCAGGAGGCCGACCAGCGGGUAGAGCAGAGGGUCUUCGAGGACCUGGGCUCCCUCAAAGCGGAGCAGUCCGCCGCCGCGCUGCACCUGCAGGAGUUCGAGCAGCGGGUCUUGGCGGACGUGAGGAGCUCGCUCCGCGAGCAGGACGAGAGCAGGGCGUCCCGCCUGGACGGGCUGGGCGAGCGGGCGGCCAAGGAGGCCCGCGCGGCCGUCGAGCUGGCCGUGGGCCAGCUCGAGAGGUCCCUCGCGCGGGACCUGGAGCUGCUCCGCGAGGAAACUUGCCGAAAGCUGGACGUGAUGGAGAGGCGCGUGGCCGAGGACUCGCUGCUUCUGAAGCGCGUGGCCGAGGAAGCUCAGCGCGUGCACAAGGAGCCCCCAGAGCUCGCGGGCGCGGGCCCCGCUGCCCCGUCGAAGGCCGGGGCGGGCAAGCCCGGCGCCAGCGGCCUCGGGCGGGAGAAGCCGGAGCCCGCGCGGGAGGCGGGCGCCUCCGACAGCUCCUCCGCGGAGGUCCGGGCGGCGCCGAGCGGGAAGCGGCGCAUCCGCCGGCGGCAUUCGGAGCGCCGCAGCGGCAGCUCGGACGAGGCGCCCUCCGCAGAGCACAAAGGCCGCUCUCGCCGGCACCGCGUAGUCGAGAGCAAGGCUACGCCGCAGGAGAAAGCCCGCGAGGAGCGAACCGCUGGGCGCGAGGAGCCCGACCUCACCGGGCCCGAGGCCAUGCAGCAGCUGCUCGAGAUGCGCCGGGCCGCGGCCAGCGUCACCGGCGGCGCGGCGUUCCGCGGCGGCGAGGAGGAGCACUCCGACUGCGACGAGCCCGCCGCCCAGGGCGGCGCCAUUCACCGCGCCGCCGCCCGCAGCGCCGCGGCGGCGCGCGCCGCCCAGGGGCCAGCC